UCCAAGUUUUUUUUUAUUAUUAUUGAAUUUCGCUGCUGAAAAAAUCACAAAAUUCCCAUAGAAAUAGCUCUUAAUUAGCCCGAAAAUGUUGCUUAACUCCGUCAAAGUGCUCAAUUGCGUGCGGAGUCAGUGUCGUGGUUACGCUUCAAGACUUGACCGAAAAAAAGUUGUCACAGUCCUAAAUAUCCCCAAAAAGGGCGAAACACUUGAUCAACGAUCCUCUGCUGUGCCUCCCAACUACCGUCAUGUCUACCAAGAAUUCCUUCCGGACCCAAAAGUCGAAUGGCGCAACAGUGUGAAGGAAAAACUCGAACGCCAAGACAUGCUAAAUCGCCGAAAACACAUUGACAUCCCCGAAUUUUACGUGGGAUCUGUGCUCGCAGUGACAACAUCUGAUCCGCAUGCCGAGGGAAAGACAAAUCGCUUUGUCGGCAUCUGCAUCGAUAAAGAACGUUGUGGUUUGCGGACGGAAUUUACGCUGCGUAACGUCAUCGAUCAUCAAGGUAUCGAAGUGCGAUACGAAAUGUACGAUCCAACCAUCCAAAAAAUCGAGUGUUUGCGUCUCGAGAAACGUCUGGAUCCGAAAUUGUGGUAUUUGAGAGAUUGUUUGCCCGAGUACAGUACCUUUGAUGUGAACAUGGAGCCAGAAAUUUUGCCUGAAGAUGCACCGGUGCCCGUUAAUCCGAUCAAAGUCAUCAUGAAACCACGACCUUGGCUCAAACGAUGGGACAGAUUGGAUCUUCAAGGUGUGGCAAACAUCAACGACUUCUGCAAGGAAAAGCAUCGCAUCAAAACGAAGCGUAUGGAGCAACCGUGGGAGAAAUACGACUUAAUGAAGGAAUAUCGCAGAUCGAUUCCCGAAGAGGAACAACAGGAAAUCUUGCAAGAAGUGCACGCGCAAAUGCAUAGUCUCGAGCAUUCGCGCAAGCAGCAGAAGAGAAAGCGAGUUUUCAAUAAACCACAAAAACUUGCAUAAAAAAAACAAUCCGUAGUUGAUAGGAAAUGAAAAAAUUUUAGAAAAUACACGAAAAAUUUCAAUUUAAA